UAGCUCAGAACCACGUACGCCGCCGACCAAUAAGGACGCGCCCCCGGUACUCGCUUGCUUAGUGAGUGCUAGCCGCCUGUGUUUGUUUGUGCGUGUGUUGACCGCGAGAGAGCCCGCCCGCGCCCGUUUCAGCGCCAACUCCCGUGCUCCACGUGUGUUUGUUUGUUUGUUCAGCUCGCUCUGUCCAGCGCCUUUCACUCGUCUUCGAAGGGACGUCGAGUCCUUCGCGUUCUCCCGAAGCCGUCUCGUCAGAAGGCGCCUCGUCGUGCCCCUCGCAGAAGCAGCGCGACGUCGGCAAAAUAGCAGAGUCUCUCCUCGGCGAGAGCGAGAGCGAAGACCCGCGCCGCAGACUUCUGGGUAAGAGUGAGUCAGCCAGUGAGUGACUCAGGCCGCGCGGAGCAGCAGCAGCGACCCGGCUCCGCCAGCGUUCGUCGCACACUACCUCGGCCGCGCGCCACGCACCCGCACGCGCCAGCCGCAGCUCCCUCUCCGCCUCCCUGGAGACUCCGCCACCCCUGCCCCGCCGGACAUUGCACACAUAGUGAGCGUGCAUGUGAGCAGCCAUGGCUUGGAGUGCAGACUCAACCUUUUUGGACCUUCACUCGCUGGUCACGCCGGGGCUCGACAAGGCGUUCAGCCCGCAGAUCUUCGGCGGGCAGCAGGAGAAGCAGCCGCAGCCUCAGCAGUUCCAGCAGCAGCCCCAGCAGCAGCCACAACAGUAUCAGAUGUUCGACACGCCUCAGCAGGUGGGAUACACGAAGACCUACCUGGACGUCCCGUUCGGCGAAUACGGCCUGCUGUCCCCCGGAGGCGAGUCGGGCUACAGCAGCUCCUGCAGCGUCGGCCAGGCCUCACCCAUGAGCCGCAACCCGGGGGGAUCUCCGGCCCCGCUCAGACCCGCGUCGCGCACCACGCCCGCCCUCGACCUCGACAUGGAGGCCACCUUCAUCACCUCGGCCGCCAACACGCUCAACAACUACGGCCCCGCGGCUUUCGACAGCCAAAACAACCUGUACGACACAGUGAACUCCAGCUUCGACACCAGCUACGAGCGGCUGGACACCAGCUACGGCUCCCCUGCAGCUGGCUAUGCCUCCCCCUACGUCGAGCCCUCCUACGACUCCCCCUACAGCAGCGCCGCCUCCAGCAGCUACGAGCCACAGCAGUCCCAGGACGAGGACGCGAGGCAGUUUUCAGUGCCUUCCGAUCCCAGAGUUUGGACAACGAAGGAUAUCAAGUCGUGGGUCGCGUGGGCCAAAAAGGACUUCGAUCUGGCCCCCACACUCAAUCCUGCGCUCCUACCCACAGAUGGAUGCCAACUAUGCAAGAUGACCCGCGGCGAGAUCCAGCGUAAAGUCGGCAAGACGUCAGGAGGAAUCUUGGCGCAGCACCUCGACAUCCUCCUCGGGAACUACGGCCUCAGCCUCCCCAAGGACGAGUUCCCAGACACUUUCGAGGCCGAGAGCGACGGGCAGGACGACCAGAUCGAGGGCGACCCUUACGAGAUCCUGGGCCCUCUGUGUCUCAAGCUCUCCGCUCAGGGCUCGGGCCAGAUCCAGCUGUGGCAGUUCCUCCUGGAGCUGCUGUCCGACCCCGCCAACGCCGCCGUCAUCACCUGGGAGGGCACCGCCGGCGAGUUCAAGAUCCUGGACCCUGACGAGGUGGCGCGGCGCUGGGGCGAGAGGAAGUCCAAGCCCAACAUGAACUACGACAAGCUCUCUCGCGCCCUCAGGUACUACUACGACAGGAACCUCAUGACGAAGGUGCACGGCAAGCGCUACGCCUACAGAUUCGACUUCCGCGCCCUCGAGCAGCUGCAGCAGAACCAGCAGAGCGACUCGCAGUCGCGACCGCAGCCAGACCUCGCCUUCCUCAGCGCCGCCCUCAGCAGCGCCUCCGUGUCUUCCCCCGCCCAGUACUGGCCGUCCUCAGGGGACUCCGGGACGCCCUCGCCGCGCCCCUGGAUGUAAGGGAAGCACACAAGGCAAGCGUCAGCCGGCGCUCUUGUGAUGUCAGCGUGCCUCGUGCAUGGACCGGAGGACGAAAUCUCAGGUGACACGGGGCAGUCGCGGCCCCUCCAAGUACCAGUGAGGAGUACCAGCAGUCACACGAACCACCGCGAGUACCAGUUCGUACCACUUCUGUGAUACCGCGAACCGACCAAGUGAUAGGAUUAAGCUCCCCUUCUCUUAAUCAUUAUUAUUAUUAUUUUAUUGACAUUAUAUACCAUUGCCUUUGUUGUACUGAAUCAAAGCUCCCUCCCUUGUCAUAUCAUGGUGUACCUCGCAUUUCAUGGCACCAUUAGUUUCAUACCAUCAUUUUUUUUUUAUACAUAUCUCUUUUUGUGUAAAAAAAGAACAAGAAAAAAAUGUAAAAAACUAAAAAAACAUAAACAACCUCGGGUGCUCAUCGCAUCUCUGGGACCACGGCGAGUCGAGGAGUCGGGUGUGGUUUCGAAUCCCAGGUUCGAAUCCCACUUCGAGACGACGACCCGCUCAGCCACCUAGCUUCUGUGAUCUCUUUGUGUUUAAUUUUUUCAUUUGUUUUUUACUUUGUUUAGGUUCCUGGCCGACACAAACACACACGCGCGAAGUUGUAUUUGUUAAGUGUGGCCGCCUAUUUGUACAAACUCACUCUCGUUGUAAAUUCUGUGAUAAUAUUUAUAUAUUUAAGAUUUUUUUUUAUUAAUGUUCUAAGACUUUAUAUAAUAAAAUGAAUUUUCAUGUUUAGUA